CUGAAGGACAAGUACAUCUUCCAAGUUUCACCUUUAAAGUCACAGUAGGUGAAAUAACAGGCACAGAUGUCACAAAAUGCAAAGAAGGUACCAAUGUGAGAUUUCCAAAGAGAACUACAGCACUCGACCCAAGAUUUAAGAAUCUGAAGUGCCUUCCAAAAUCUGAGAGGGAUGAGGUAGGGAGCAUGCUUUCAGAAGUCUUAGAAGAGCAACACUCUGAUGUGGAAACUACAGAACCCGAACCACGAAAAAAGAAAAUCAACCUUCUGCAGGUGGCAUAUAUAAUGAACAUGCAUUGGUCCACACUGCUUUGGAUGGUUUUCAAGCAGAAACCGUCAUCAACAUGGACGCAUGUCCCAUGGAAUGGUGGUUGAAGCAUGCGCAUCUGGCAUGUAAAUAUCUUGCAACACCGGCUACAACAGUGCCAUGAGAACACCUGUUCUGACUUUCAGGUGACAUUGUAACCAAGAAGUGGGCAGCAUUAUCUCCUGCAAAUGUAAACAAACUUGUUUUUCUGAGCGAUUGGCUGAAGAAGUAGGACUAAGUGAACUUGCAGGCUGUAAAAUUUUACAUUGUUUUAUCUUUGAAUGCAGUUUUUUUGUACAUAAUUCUAUAUUUAUAAGUUCAAUUUUCAUGAUAAAGAGCUUGCAUUACAAUAUGUGUAUUAGGUGAAUUGAAAAAUAUUAUUUCUUUUGUCUUUUUACAGUGCAAACACUUGUAAUCAAAAAAAAUAUAAAGCGAGCACUGUAUGCUUUGUAUUCUGUGUUGUAAUUGAAAGAAAUAUUUGAAAAUGUAGAAAACAUCCAAAAAUUUUUAAAUAAGUGGUAUUCUGUUGUUUAAUUGCACGAUUAAUUUUUUUAGUUGCUUGACAGCCCUAAUUUUAAAUUAAUCUAUUUGGAAUAAACUACAUCUAUUGUCUUCAUGAUAGAGCACUAAGUGUAGAAUUAUUACAUGCAAAAAUAUUACAUUAAAAGAACAUUAUGGUUGUAAAGUCAAGCACUCAAAAGCCAAGGAAAUUCCAGAAUUAAAGUUGCCCAUAUCCUUGAUUUGUCCCCCUUGUACAUAGCCAUUAUGAAAAUUACAUGCUCUAGUAUAUAUUUCCAUAUGAUCACUACUUCAGUGAAAGCAUAGUUAUUCAUUAUUUAUCUGUAGCCUCGUCAGUAUGUGACCCCAGGUCUUAAAUACAUACCAUUUAAGCCAUGCACCAAAUAAGAAGUUAUUAGUUUCUUCUUGGGUGUUUCUAUCAUCCUUUCACCAAGGUAACUGAAUGCUUCUUAAACAAUGAAUUGAUCUUCAGAACACUCAUGAAUUUAUGUAGUCAUAUCCUCAUUUCACAGAUAACAGAACUGAGUCGCAAAAAGUUUAAGGUCAAUAUUACAAGAGUGUCCACUAAUUUUGGAUGCUCAGCUUGAGAUAUCUAAGGCCUGAUAUUUCAGAGCACUUUGCAUUUUUGACACUUUGUAUAUUCAAAGCACAGUCCCUAUUGACUUCCGUUGUGAGUGCUCAGACUUCUGCAGAUCCAGCCCCAAGAAUCUCAGGUUGGGCACUCAAAAAUGAGGAACAUGCAAUUAGUGGCUCCCUUUGGAAAAUUUUAGUUUGUGACUUGCCCAGCAGCCUGAAGGAAUAGUGUGAGAGGCAGGAAUAGAAUCUAGUUCUCUGGGAUGGCAUUCAGCAUGAAUAACCAGGAGAACAUCCUCUCUCUUCUUGUAGUCCCUGCCUCAUUCACUACACAAUUUCCAGGAGGUUGGUGCCACCAGAAUGAGAGAGCACCUAGACUAUCAUCAGAGAGACUAAGUGGACCCCAGUGUGCUCAGCCAGCCAGGGAUUGUCUACCCUGUGUGUCCUCAAUCAUAUGCUCCAGGAGGUGAGAGCAGCCUUCCCUCCCACCUCUCUCUCUCUUUCCUGGAGUGGGUCCUGUAGCUCGGUGCUCUCCACCCACUGCUCACCUCUGGCCCUCCAGAAUUAGACAUUGGACACCUGCCCCAUGAGCCUCCCAAACACCCAGCCUGAGCUGGCUGAAUGACAUCCAGCUGUAUCACCUCCAAACCACCAAGGAAACAUCUGUAGGCACUUGUGUUUCAUACUAUCCACUUCAUUGCCCUGUGUCUCCCCCCAGCCCACCUCCCUAACACUAAGUGGUGGGACCUGCUGCUACGUGAGGAGGGGAGGUAACCUCAUGGCCCACGAAGGAUAUCAGUUGGUGACUCCUCCAUGAAGGCAUAAGCAUGUGCAUGUAGCUGGGGCACUUCAUGAACUCCCUCAACACCUGUCCUGUCUGCAGUGAGCGGAAGAUCCUGGCACACAUCAACGUACAGUGCGUCAGUUUGCAGCCCGUCUCCUGGCUCCUCCAGAACCAGUUACAGAGGUUCUGACUGCACUUUUCCCUCACACCUCCUGAUCCUUGCACACCCUAUCCAUGGCCACACAAAGUUGCAAAACCUCCUUAUCAACCUCCUGGUGCUGGCAAUACUGCCAUCCAUCAUACCAGGAGGAAGAAGCUGGGCAGGGCUCUGCAACUGUGGGGCCUAUUUCCAAUCCUGUGCGAAGUCAUGUCUCCAGGCAGAGUUCCUCUGGGCCAGCGAUUCUAAGCCCGGGUACACAGAGGUCUUCCAGGGGGUACAUCAGCUCAUCUAGAUAUUUGCCUAGUUUUACAACAGGCUACAUAAAAAGCACUAGCAAUUUUUCAGUAAUAGUAUGCUGUGACACUUUUGUAUUUUGAUGUCUGAUUUUUGUAAGCAAGUAGUGUUUAAGUGAGGUGACACUUGGGGCUACACAAGACAAAAACUUCUGAAAGGGGUACAGUAGUCUGGAAAGGUUGAGAGUCACUGCUCUGGGCAGUGUCCACUGACUCCUUAGAUGCCUUUGAGGAGCAGUGGGCACUGUCUGUGUUCUCUGCUCAGUGUCCUCAUCCAGUUCCCUGAUUUUCACUCUUUGACCUUCACUCCCAUCCCUGUUUUUUCAUUUGUUGUCCCCAGUAUUCACUUGGGGCCCAGGUUCACUAGUUUCCCCUGCUGCCGGCUAAGGGGCAGGGCCUUUAGCUGAGGGCAGGCUUAGGUCUGCCAUCUCUCAGCAAUCACAAUAGGUACGCACUUUCCAGUUUCUGCUACAAACAGCCUCCAUUAUUACACAGCCCUGAUUCAUCCCCCAAGCGGAUCUAUGCAGUGCACUGAAUGAGGCAGCGUUUCUGUUGGGGGAGGGGAGGGAAGUGUGACCAUGUGCAUAUGAUAAUGCACAUGCACAUGAUUGCAGAAUUAAGAAUGCACAAGCUACCUCAAGCUUGGUGUUUCCUGACUUAUGCAUACUUGACUUUGCAACCUUAAAGUUUAAUUAUAGUUUCUUGGGAUGUCAUAGACAAGGGUUUUGGUUUUUUUGUUUUUUUUUUUUGAAAAGAGACUUAAGACAUUCUAUAACAUAGAACAUAGUUCAUCAGCAGGGUUCAGACUAAAGUACUUGAGAUAAUGCAGCAACUGAUAGUAAUAAUACUGCAUGCUGUCAUUCUUUGUGGACUACCACUAGGGGGAGAUGAAAAACACCGUGCCAGUGGUUUUCAGAGUUACGUAUUUGCUGACAACAGAGGGAUACAGAGACUCAGGACUUCUGGGUUCAAUUCCAGAUUCUGAAGGAGUAUUCUGUUUUGGUUAUAUAGAAUUCCGCUCUUUAUGCUCCCACCCUCCCCAUGUCUUCCUCUGCUACUAUAUAACCCACCCUAGAUUCCCUCAGCAAAGGCACUAUAGAGAAAGCCACCCAAGCUUGCCUUCUGAGGACCCCAUCUCAAACCCCAAUGUAAGGGCAAGAGGGAGCAUGUCAGGGGUGGGGCUGCAUCACAUAAUGCUGUAGAGAUUCCAGACAGGGCUGUUACCUGUUAUAACAAUUUAACACGGCUGUCAUUAGUCACAUGCUGUCAUGCUUUAGGGAUAUCAGAUUGUCUAUUUUAAUACAGGUGAAGGUCAUAGCAAGAAGAUUGCAAAACACAGAGCUGCAGAAGCUGCCUUGAACGUUUUAAAAGGAAAUGCAAGUAUUGGCUAUGGAGAAGAGAAAGACAUGUUUAAAUCUUUCAGUGCCAGAAUCCAUAGUUCCAGAUUCUCCAAAGCAACCACAAAAUCAAACCAAUCCUAUAGGUACAUUACAGGAACUGGCUGUUCAGAAGGGAUGGAGACUUCCUGAAUAUUCACUUGCGCAUGAGUCGGGGCCUCCUCACAAGCGGGAGUUUACAAUGACUUGCAGAAUAGAAACAUUUGUAGAAACUGGGACUGGGACAUCUAAGAAACUAGCAAAGCGAAAUGCUGCUGAAAAAUUUCUUGCCAAAUUCCACAGUUUCCCUCCAGAUAGCAUCAAUAUUUCCUUAGGAAAUGAAGUGGGAAAUAAUUUAGGAUGCACAUGGGAUGCCUUAAGGAACUCAGAAGAAGAAAAAAUUACCUUGCUGAAGAGAAGUCCACUCAGUAUUCCUAAUACAGACUAUGUCCAACUGCUUGGAGAAGUUGCAGAAGAACAAGGUUUUGUUAUAACGUAUUUGAAUAUAGAAGAGCUGAGCGUGAAUGGACAGUACCAAUGUCUUGCUGAACUCUCAACCAAUCCAGUCACAGUUUGCCAUGGUACUGGGAUUACUUGGGGCAAUGCUCACAAUGAUGCUGCUCACAAUGCAUUACAAUAUUUAAAGAUCAUGGCUGGAAGAAAAUAAACUUGAAAUAGAAAAAAAAAUCUUCUGAUAAAGAUUUAACUUAAAAGAUAUUUCCAAAGUUGGAUGUUUUCCCAUAUAUGUAGUUCAAAUUAAUUUUGGGCUAUUUUUAAGUCACUCCACAAACACCAUUUUAAUUAUGGAUUGCUUUGAAAUGAGUCACUCAUAAGGUUUUCAUUUUGGAUUGGUUUACUGUAUUUAGCUCUCAGUAUUGUAAAGCAGUGAGGACAUCAAAUUACUGCUUACAUUCUUA